UGUCGUCCAAGGCCGCAAGUACUUCGCUCCCCUCCGUCAUCACCAUGGUGUUCGCGAAAAUUCACGUCGAAAACCCGAUCGUCGACCUUGACGGCGACGAGAUGACCCGCAUCAUUUGGCAGCUCAUCAAGGACAAGCUCAUCUUCCCCUUCUUGGACUUGAAGACCGAGUACUACGACUUGGGCGUCGAGCACCGUGACGCGACCAACGAUCAGGUGACGUUGGAUGCCGCGGCCGCGAUCGCGCGCCACAACGUCGGCAUCAAGUGCGCGACGAUCACGCCCGAUGAACAACGCGUGCAAGAAUUCAAGUUGAAGCAAAUGUGGAAAUCGCCCAACGGCACUCUUCGCAACGAGUUGGGCGGCACUGUGUUCCGUGAACCGAUUCUAUGCAAGAAUAUCCCCAAGCUUGUCCCUGGGUGGAAGGAACCGAUCAUCAUCGGUCGCCACGCGUUUGGGGAUCAGUACAAGGCAACUGAUUUUGUCGCGCCUGGCAAGGGCACGUUCAAGAUGACGUUCGUCCCGGAUGAUGCGUCCCAACAGCCGCAAGAAUGGGAAGUAUACCACUUCAACGGCGCCGACGGCGGUGUCGGCAUGGGCAUGUACAACACCAAGGAAUCGAUCCGUGGGUUUGCGCGCGCGUCGUUGGAGUACGCGUUGGACCGCAAGAUGCCAUUGUACUUGUCGACCAAGAACACGAUCCUGAAGCGCUACGACGGUCAAUUCAAGGACGUGUUCCAAGACUUGUACGACACCGAAUACGCCGCCAGGUACAAGGCUGCCGGUAUCUGGUACGAACAUCGCUUGAUCGACGACAUGGUCGCCCAAGUGCUCAAGUCCAAGGGCGGCUUUGUAUGGGCGUGCAAAAACUACGACGGCGAUGUGCAGUCGGAUAUUUUGGCCCAAGGGUUCGGCUCGCUGGGUUUAAUGACUAGUGUGUUGGUCACUCCCGACGGCAAGACGAUGGAAGCGGAAGCUGCCCACGGAACAGUCACCCGCCACUACCGCGUGCACCAAAAGGGCGGCGAAACCAGCACCAACUCGAUCGCGUCGAUCUUUGCAUGGACCCGCGGUCUCAUGCACCGUGCGUCCCUUGACAAGAACAUCCAGUUGAAGACGUUCUGCGAGCUGCUGGAAGCGACCGUGGUCGAGACGGUCGAGAAUGGCCAAAUGACCAAAGACUUGGCUCUCUUGAUCCAUGAAGACAAGAUGGAACGCCACCACUGGCUCAACACGUUUGAAUUCCUCGACGCCGUCGCGGACAACCUGACCAAGAAGCUCGCGGCCCUCGAGCAAUAAAUUCCCAACUUUACUAAUAUAGACAACGCCUAGACAAACGAUCCGUCGUCGAUCGAUCGUGUCGCUCGAGCGCUUUCCAAGCACAGGCGCGACCAGUUCCAUGAACCAACCACCACACCACGUGGCCUGCUGCUCGUGAGCACAGUGUCGAUCGCCGGCGGCGUGGGAUCGGGAGCGUUGUCUUCCUGACCAA